AUGGCGCAGAUCUUCGCUGAUUUGUUUUACUCGUUUGGCAAUUGCCUCAACUGCUUCCCGGGCUCCCCGACGCUCAAGAUCAACAGCCGGAGCUUCAAGAUUCAGCGUCUACUAGGCGAGGUGCGCAAAAACAACAACAACAACAAGAAGCCUCACUUGUUCUUCUCUCAGUCUCUCGCAGCAGGCGGCUUCUCCUACGUCUACCUCGUCGAAGACACAUCCACGCACGAGCUCUUCGCCCUCAAAAAGAUCCGAUGCCCCUUCGGCGCCGAGUCCGUCCAGCAGGCCAUGCGCGAGGUCGACGCCUACCGCCUCUUCGACCACGUUCCCACAAUCAUCUCGGCCUACGACCACUGCGUCGCCACCGACCGCGGUGGCGGUUCUGGUGACGACGCCAGCAAGACCGUCUACGUCCUGCUGCCCUACUACCGCCGCGGCAACCUGCAGGACAUGAUCAACGCAAACCUCGUCAACCACAACCGCUUCCCCGAGCGCCAGCUCAUGAUGCUCUUCCUCGGCGUCUGCAAGGCCCUGCGCGCAAUGCACGAGUACCAGCCCGCCCCCGCCGAGCGCAUGCAGAUGGGCCGCGAGGAGGACCAUGACGAGGCUGCCGAGGGGGGAUCUGGGUCUGGGUCGAGAGGCGGCCGCAAGCUGGGCACGAGUGGGAAGCGCACCGAGGAGGAGGAGCAGGGCGAACACGAGCGGCCGCUGAUGGACUCGGAGAACCGCAUUGAGGGCGAGGCCGGCGGCAAGAUCAAGUCGUAUGCGCACCGAGACAUUAAGCCAGGCAACAUCAUGAUUGACGACUCGGGCUCCAUCCCCAUCCUCAUGGACCUCGGCUCCGUCGCCGCCUCGCCCACCCCCGUCACCUCCCAGUCCCUCGCCCUGCAAAUCCAGGACACCGCCGCCGAGCACUCCACCAUGCCCUACCGAGCCCCGGAGCUCUUCGACGUCCGUACCGGCACCGUCGUCGACACAAAGACGGACAUCUGGUCCCUCGGCUGCACCCUCUACGCCUGCCUCGUCGGCAAGUCGCCCUUUGAGAUGCGCUCCGACGAGACCGGCGGCACCCUCAGCCUCUGCGUCCUCGGCGGCGACUGGCGCUUCCCCGACGAGAACCCCGGCGGCGGGCCGAAGCGCACAAACACCAUCCAGGCCGCAAAGGCAAAGGCCAGCGGCGAGGCCGGUCCCGGCGCCGGUGCCUCUUCCGGAGACGUCGUCAUCAGCGAGCCUAUUCGUAAUCUUGUCCGGGCCUGUCUCAAGGUUGAGCCUGCGGAGCGGCCCGACAUAAAUGAGCUCAUCACCAUGGUUGAGCAAGUCAUUGAUGAGCUGCCCGAGGGUGACUUUACAUCAUGA